AGUUUAUGCACUUUUUCCCCCUAUCGUCCAACAAGAAUGUGAACUACUUAAUACUUUCAUCCAUGGAUCUUCUCAAUCGCUCCACAACCUCGAGCAAUCAUCUACUCUCCCCACCACUACCAACUAGUGAUAGUAUUUUCUCUCCCAAUUUUCCCUUCAAAUCAUGGAAGAAGAAGACCCGUUCAUCAAGGCUCUCAAUACCCAACUCCAAGAAAUUCCCUCUUUCCCCAAUAUACUCACCCCUCUCUUCGCACUCAAGACUCAAACUUUGUGCUCGACUUCGCCGCCCCUCCAACCGCCAAAACUAUCUGAGGAAAAAGCUCACUCAGCACAAACAGGUCAGUCCCAAUUCUGAUUCUCAGAACGCUGCUACUAGUCCUGAUGCUGCUAAUCCUCCUGGGAAUAUCAUCAGAGGAACUGAAUUGGAAUCAAAAUCAAAACUUUUGGGUGGGAACGUGUUCUGGGAUAAGCUAGAGGAUUGGGUUGAGCAGUAUAAGAAGGAUGUUGAGUUUUGGGGUAUAGGGACUGGUCCUAUUUUUACUAUUUUUCAAGAUUCUGAGGCUAAGGUUGAAAGGGUUGCUGUUAACGAGGAUGAGAUUUUCCGAAGAAGUGGGGUCGACCCUUUGUUGUAUAUGGAGGGAAAUGUGAAGGAUUUUACUGAAUUAGUGAAUGAGAGAGUUUCUCGUGCAAAAUUUGUGGCUAGAGAAUUGGAGAAUGGCAAAGAUGUGCUUCCCGGGAAUAGUUCUGUGGUAAAGUUUGUUGCUUCAGAAGCAAAAUCUGACCUUGUUAAUAUGAUUCAGGGAGUUAGUCUAAGACCUGUUCUGCAAACGAAAUUGCCCACGGUUGGAAUCACAGUGGCAUGUUGUGUCUUUGUAAUCCUGGCUUUCAAGCGAUUGUUUACAAUCAAGGAAGGUAAGCUGGAGUACACGAGGUCUGAGAAAGAAAUGAUGAGGAGAAAAUUAAAAGCUAGAUUGGAGAAAGAGAAGACAAGGAAAGGCAUGUUGGAAGUAAUUCAGGAUUCCACAGAGCCAGUAACUGCUUCUAUUGAGCGGCCUCAGCUUGAUAAGCAAGAACUAAUGAACAGCAUUUUGAAAGCGGGGGAAUCAAAUGACACUCCUGUCUCACCCAACUACGUGGUGGUUAGUGAGGAUAACUUAUCUGUGGAUGUUGAUCAUAAAGUUCCGGAAACCAGAGCUCUGGCGAGGCAAGUGCGAGAAAGUGAAAAAGGGGAUUCUUUACCUGAUAAUAGUGAUGCAAAAGAUCAUCAGACUUUUAAUGUAUUGUCCAAUGGAGAGGAAAUAAAUCAGAAGCAUGGAUUUGCCAAUAGGUCUCAAGUGGAGCAUCCUGAUGGAUAUGAAGGAAAAGCAAGGGAUGGUAGUGGAACUAGUGAGCAUACAUCUUUGUCUGAAGAUUUGGAAGAUGAGAGUGGGCCUAACACUGAUGACGCUUCAACUGAAAAUGCAUGGACUCAAUCCAGUCAACUCAUAAGCAAGAAAUUCCUAGAUGGCAGUGACAGGCCUGUGAUAGAAAAGGAUGUCACUAACUUAGAUUUGCAUUCAUUUGAUGCAGUGCAAGACUCUGAACAAUCCAAGACUUCCAACGAUCAUUUGAACAAAGCUAGUCAUAGUUCUGUUGCAAGGAAGUUUAGGGUGAUAAAAUCUGUUAAAGAAGCAAGAGAAUACCUCGCAAAAAAGCAUGACGAUAUAGGGUCAACUUUUGAACAUGAAGCAAGAACUGAGGAACGGGUUCACCCUUUUUUGACUGAGUUAGACCAGAAGGAAAGAGAUGUAGAUACAAGCCAGAGGUCAGAUGGAAGUGAAAGACCACCCCACACUUCCACUUUGACCAAGAUCCAUGAUUCUAUCUGUACACCUGAGAUAUCUUCUUCAAGAAGAACAGAAUAUCUUCCAACCAUCGGUAGACAUCCCAAGAUUGUGGAAGGAGGUCAACAACUAAAGGAUGAUCUUGGAACCAUGAGACUUUCAGAAACUGAAUCAUCUGCAGCAAAGUUACCUAAAGAGACGGAAACAGACAUUGUCAUGAGCCAGGAAGAGCAAGAUGACAGCAAACCUUUUCCUCUUUCUGAUUCCAUUGAAUCUUUAGAUUUUUCAGUUACUUGUGUAGACUCAAUCUUUGGAGGAAACCAGAAAACUCCAGCCAAGGAGCAUAGUAGCAAGGAUGUUAAAGAACCAAAAGGAGAGGUUAAUCUUCAGUUGCCUGGAAAUCCAUCUGGUGAAGAAAGCAAAGGCAGAAAUUGGAAGCUGGCUUCAUCAGUGAAUAAGGAGAACUGGCUAGAGGAGAACUUCCAUGAAAUUGAACCCAUUGUUAAAAAGAUUGGAGUUGGCUUUAGAGACAACUAUAUGAUGGCAAAGGCCAGGACAAAUGAUGAUGUGAACUUAAAGGCAGACAUGGGUCAACUUAUGCCUGGUGAAGAUGGCAAUGAACUUGAAUGGAUGAAAAAUGAAAGGCUGAGAGAAAUCGUGUUUAAAGUUCGUGAAAAUGAAAUGGCUGGAAGAGAUCCAUUUCAUCUAAUGGAUGAUGAAGAUAAAAUUGCAUUCUAUAGUGGUCUUGAGAAGAAAGUUGAGCAAGAGAAUGCUAAGUUAGCGAAUCUGCAUGAAUGGGUCCACUCAAAUAUUGAGAACCUUGAUUAUGGACGAGAUGGCAUUAGCCUGUAUGAUCCACCAGAGAAAAUUAUACCUCGGUGGAGAGGGCCCCCUGUGGAAAAAAUUCCUGAGUUUUUGAAAAAUUCCUCAGCUCAACGGAAAGAACUUGUUCCUGACAAUGUUAGGAAGUCAAAUAUCACAAAGCAAAAUGAGGAAGACUCUCUUCAGCUAUCAAAAGAAUCUUCAUCAGGUGAAGCCUCGGCAUUGUGUAAUGAAUAUACAAAGCCUCAAAAAAAGACUCCCAAAACUCCCAGGACAGUUGUCGAAGGGAGUGAUGGCUCUGUUAGAGCUGGCAAAAAAUCAGGCAAAGAGUACUGGCAACACACGAGGAAAUGGUCUCAGGGGUUUCUAGAGUCUUACAAUGCAGAAACAGAUCCAGAAGUCAAAGCCAUUAUGAGGGAUAUGGGGAAGGACUUGGACCGAUGGAUUACUGAGAAAGAAAUAAAGGAAGCAGCUGAUUUGAUGGAUAAAUUGCCUGAAAGGGGUCAAGAGUUAAUUAAAGAAAAACUCAAUAAGGUUAAAAGAGAAAUGGAAGUAUUUGGUCCACAGGCUGUUGUGAGCAAGUAUCGUGAAUAUGCUGAUGAAAAGGAAGAGGAUUACUUGUGGUGGCUGGAUCUACCCUAUGUACUGUGUAUCGAACUAUACACAGAGCAAGAGGGGGAGCAGAAAAUAGGAUUAUAUUCGUUAGAGAUGGCUGCUGAUCUUGAAUUGGAUCCUAAGCAGUAUCAUGUGAUUGCUUUUGAAGAUGCUGGCGAUUGCAAAAAUAUGUGCUACAUUAUUCAGGCACAUAUGGAAAUGCUUGGAAACGGGAAUGCCUUCGUUGUUGCACGACCGCCUAAGGAUGCUUUUCGGGAAGCCAAAUCCAAUGGAUUUGGUGUAUCUGUCAUCAGAAAAGGGGAGGUGCAGCUCAAUGUGGAUCAAUCACUGGAAGAAGUAGAAGAAUUAAUUGCCGAAAUUGGAAGUAAGAUAUAUCAUGAUAAGAUCAUGCAGGAACGCUCUGUGGAUAUCAACGGCCUAAUGAAAGGGGUAUUUGGUGUGAAGAAACGUGUCAGAAGGAAGAGGUCGAGGAGGAAGCUGAAAAAACCUACCAGCUCCUUGUAACUCUUGAUCCCACAAAGUUGGAUGGUUUCCACUUUUUCCAGUUCAGAGGGAGGGAGUUUUGAGUUACGGAUUGGACCCUUGGCAUGUGCAUGUUCUACUUUCUGAAGCUGAAUUUGGAAAGUCAAUUUGCGGCUGGUCAAGCUCGAAGUUUUUCUUGGCCAUUGGUUAUUACAGUGCUGAUGUUAGACGUUUGAACUGAAUUGGAUGUAGAAAUUGUAUCUUGAAGCCUCCCUCAUUCAGCCACCUCUUACAGCUGCAAUGUGAUGAAAAAAGAAGGAAAUAAGCAUUGCACUCCUUCAAAUUCCUUUCA